CAUUGAUGGACACAACCUUUGUCGAAGAGCGUUUCCAAAAUGGCGACCUGCGCCGAAGAAAACUGUCACGACGACCCAAACUUUGCGGUGAUCUGUUCGUUUAUACUGAAUUUCGGUGAAUUAUGCGGCGUAAACAUCUCCAUCUCCGAGCUGCAGUCUAUGCUGGAGGAUACCAAAAACGUGGACCAGACCCUCAUAGACCUGCAUGUUCACCUCCUGAGAAAAGCAAACCGGAGAGUGCAACGAGACCGCUGGGAGAAAGCACUCAUCAAGUUCUGCCACCAGGGGUCCAAUGUGGAUGGCUGGGAGCUGGAGCGCUUCGGCUACCGCAAGGCCAAGCUGUCGGUGAAGCUGGCCGUGCUCAAGCGAUUGCUCGAGUUGCAGUUUGACUCCAACAGCAAGUUCAAGGCAGAGCUCAACAAGCAAGAAGCGGACGUGUUGCGGCUGCAGCCCAUCGGGCGCGAUGUGCGCGGCCACCUCUACUGGCUGCACCGCGACCCACAACUCAACCUGCGUCUUUACCGUGAGCACCCCGAUGAUGAAUGCUCCUGGAUACUCGUCUCCCGGACACGCGAUGAAUUGGCCAAGCUCAUUGCUGACCUCGAGGGCAGCUUCUCGGUUGUUAAGAAGGAGGAGAGCUCCUCCAUGGACAGCGAGACGGGUGAGAGCAACCUCACCGAGCCAGACUGUACCAAGACAGAGGAAAAACCAGGCUCAGGGCUACCAAGUGAUGAAAAACCUGCAGUGACAGACACGGGGCAACCGCCAUCACUAAAGAAUGAAGAGCCUCACCACGAAGAAACGCUUUCCAUAACCCUCUCUGCAUCCGGUACCACGGACAAGACAAGCUUCCCUACGUUCGUCAUCAAAAAAGAGCCGCUGGAAAACAGCACCUUAGAAGAGACUUCAAAAUUGGAUAAGCAUGAAUCACCGUCAGAGGGGGAAGUUGUCCACGUGAACAACGAGAACGCCGAAGCACGUGAAAAUGACGUCGCAAAGUGCCCUCCUGAAGAAAGCCACCAGGAAUUGAAGAAGUCCACUCCACCUAGUGAGGACAGUGGGAAAGACAAGAGAGGUGACGUUGACGGCAAGACCAAAAAGCCAUCCGUAGCCGAGCAAAGCAAUGCAGAGGACUUGUGUACACGGGCCUCAGCCGAAGACGGUGAAGCCAAGCCACUCACCAGGCCGUCAUCGCCACGACCACAAAACCAAGCACACACUUCUGGGAAUCGAACUGCACAUCUGCCGACCAACAAGCCAGCCGCCACUCAUGGGUUUGGAAAUGCCAAUGGUAAUGGCACGACAAUGGUGUCAGAGUCCCUUCCAUGUGACCUCUCAGUUGUCCACCGAGAGGACUCGAACGCGUCUGCAGGAGACCCACCCACAUCCUCAGAACUGCUCCAACCCGCAGAAGUCAGGCGGGUCAUUGACGUUGGCGCUGAGGACUUGCGAACUGGAGAUAAGCCAGAGGAAGUGCAUGUGUCCGAGAAGAACGGCCAGCCGGAGUCGCCGAGCAGCAUUCCAUAUGCACACGAGGGCACUCGCCACACACCAGUAGUGUCUUCAACGACAACGAACAUACGGCGGGUCGGCACCGUGGAGCAGCCACUGGCACUCGACCUCACCCGGGUCCCGCCAGAAACUUCUGCAGUCGAUGCUACGACAUCGGCUGUCUUGGCCUCCCAGGAUUCUUGCACAUCUGGAGAUCUGCUGAUAGUUGGCAAGCAAGACAAACCUGCGACUGCCCAUGGGACUUCUUCUAAGCCAUCUUCAUCGCUUGGAGACAAGGCAUCGGCUUUGCUACCCACUCCCAGCUCUUCUGCGUGCACAGGGGUAGUAGAAACGUCUGUGCUUGGAUCGGAUAGUGUCAUGUGUGCAACUGGUGCCAAGGGUGCGAUGCAUUCCACGUCGUCUGGUGUUGAUAAAGGGAGUUCACAGCCUAUUGCUGAUGCAGUGACUGCAAGGACGCAUGGCGGUGCAGCAGUGUGUUCUAGCGGGAAUUCGGCACCAUCAAGUAAUCAGCUUGAAUCUGCUAAGCCAAGCAGGACAGAACUAAAUAGUGAAAAGAAGGAACAUGCCAGCACGGUCGAAAAAGCAGCCAGUGGCACAAAGUCUACUGAUGGGAAUUCCAAGAAGAUCGAUAGUGAACAUCCAUCUCCAGGGAGCAAAGGCCACUUGGGGACAGGCCACUCAGAACAUGGUUCAGUGGAGACACCCAGCGCUAAGGCAACUGAUGCAAUAGCCACCCCUGAAUCAAAAUCAUUGGUGGCUGCCCAAGAUGCAGCAGAGGAAGGUGCUAAGCUUUCAGCUGCAUCUGCUAGUGAUGAUGUUCGAGAGAAGGGAAGUGCCAUUAUUUCAGCAUUGACUGCGGAAGCAAAACCCGCAGACAGGUAUCCAUGCAGUGAGGGGAAGGAUGAUGCUAGCAAGAAAAGCAGUGCUGGCAGCUCACCGUUGAAAGACAUUGAUGCACUGGUCAAGACAGUGGGAGAAAAGACUAGUGCAGCCAAUGAAAAAGCACCAGGAGAAGUCACUAAUUCCUCAAGCACAGUUCUCUCAAAAGCAGCCGAGCCACAGGCAGACGCAAAUACUCACAAAAACUCUGAGGCGUCGCCGAUAGGCUCGACUGCAAAGCCAUCGAAACCUCACUUACCUGAUGCAUGCGAGGUGAGUGCAGUGGCUGUUGAAAAAAGUGCAAGAAAAAGCAAAAAGCAACGGCAUCUUGAAGGAGUUGAGGAUCAGUCUCCAGACUCUCAACUUAUCGAUUCACCUGCGAAAAAAGUGGCAACAUCACUUUCAGAUGUACAGAGCAAAUCUGCCUCGGAAAAAUUAAAGCCUGAUCCUAAGACAGCCCAUUGUAAACUGGAAGACACAUCUGAAGAGAAAAGUCGGACAAGCAAUGCAGCAGAGGAACUGUGCGUUGACGUGGCUGAUCCCAACAGUGAGAAAGUAGUGACAGCAUCCGGAAAGAGCAUGUGCAAAAACUCGCCACGCAGUGAACAAGCUGUCGAGGUGCAGUUGCCUACUCCCGAUCAAAGAGCCAGUGAAGGAGACAACAAAAGCGCAGCAGACUCAUCGAAGGUUGCGGCACCAGAGCUCAAAGCAGUUGGUAAACCUUUUGACAGCAAUAAAUCUGACCAUGUAGGCGUCAGUGCAAGCAAGGCAGCCUCAAAAUCUCUUGCGAGUACGAGUGUUUCAUCGUCUGGCGGGGAGGGUGGGAAGCAGAAAAGCAGUGUUACUACAGGAGCAGGCGAUACGCCUAGCUCAAGAAGUGCUAUCAAAGAGCGCUGCGAGCACACCUCAAAGAUGAGUACUUCUGAGAGUGCUGCGAAAGGCAAAGCUAGUAGUGCGGAGAGCAGUAAGGUUUUGCCCGCUCCCAGCACCAAGACUGAGGAUUCUGAGGAAGAAAAAAGAAAGCAAGGAGAUGUGGAUGCCAGUAAAGCUCCAUCCAAAGCCACCCUUGAAGACCAACCCACAGCCGGAACGCUGGAUGAAAGUAAUGUACAGACCAAAAGUACAGCCGAUGAGGAAGUUUCACGAGAACCUCAGUCUGACAAAGUAUGCAACAAAAAAGCUGCAGUGCAGGAGAAGGCUAUGCAAGCAGAACAACGCAAGGAAGAUCCUGUUCAGGUGAAACACACUAGUGGUAGUGACACAGUGACGUCACAAGGGAAGACUGGCGGUGAUGCCACUUUAGUAAAAAAAAGGAGAGGCAGGACACUGGCAUCCUGUGUUGCAGACUUAAAGAAGAGCAAAAGGCAGAGAAGAGGGCAACAAGACAGUGAUGCUCGCAGCGAAAGGGAGGCAGCACAAGAAUUGAAGAGCGACGCUGCAUCACCAUCUGUGGGUGAUACUGUGAAGGCUGGUUCACCCGAGGUAUCUUCUGAAAAGACGUCCAUAGAAGAUGGCAAGGAGCAGCUUGUGUCUAGUAAGUGUACAGAGGCAAAAGAAAGUGAUGUUCCAGCUUUAAGCACUGAUGAUGUGGAAGGUGAUAAAGAGAAGGCAGUGGACGCCAUUGUGGACGCCAUGUCCAAAACUGAGAGCAACAACAAACAGCCGACUGAAACUGUAGGCGAUCAGGAUUGUGGUGCCGAAAUCAGUCACAAGGAUGCAGAUGGCACUGACAAACAGGUGGUGGCAGAUGCAAAGAAUGAACCCAAGAGUAAAUCGAAGGGCGAACAGGGCUCCAGGGCGUCAACAAGGCUCAGAGGAGAUGCCACAGCAAGGAGGGACAAGGCAAAGACGCCCAGUGAUGAGAGCACUACUCAUUCUGCAGCUGCCGAUCACAGCGAGGGAACCAAGGAUGAAGCUGUCAUGGAUGACACUCCGCUUUCUACCGUGAACAAGAUGGAGCCAACAUCCGCAGUGCACGAAGGUUCCAUGGCAACACCCGGCGAUGAAGAAGCAGUCGACGCUUUACAGGCGCCCACAGAGAUUUUGCAGGACACUCCAUCGGUAGGUCGGAAGCGGGGCGGCUUCAGAGGCCGUGGAGGUCGCGGGAGAGGUCGGGGUAGGGGUCGUGCUGGCCGCUGGAGCCACACAAAGCGGCGCAUUCGGGCGGCGGAAGAGCCCUCGCCCAAGAAACCCCGCGAGGCAGGAGACGAAGAUGCCGGCAUCAAUGGCGACACUGCGACAUCCGCAGAAGGUGAGCCCGCCCCUGCAGCUGCCUCUGACUUUAGGGGCCGUGGCAGGGGCAGGUCGCGGGGAGGUCGGGGCAGGGGCCGCGGCGCUUCAAGAGGUAGGGGCCGCGGCCUGGCCAGAGAGUUGGGUGCCGCCGCGGCCUGCCUCCUGGGAGCACCGGAAGGCUCGCCAGCAGACGAGGACAGCCAGGGCCGCCGUCGGAGUUCGCGUAUCCAGCGGGAGCAGGAGAAGCGGCUGUCAGAGCUGGCUCAGCAGAUGGCUCUGGAACAGCAGCUGGAGGAGACCAUCUUGCAGGAAGAGGCUGCCGCCAAGGGCAAGAUAGCAGUCACGAAGAGCCCGAAGAAGCGGAGUCGUCAAGCUGACAAGGAUUAUGUUCCUCCGGAGAAGAACAAACGGAGGUCGAAGAAGGGCGAGGCCCACCAGGACGCCCAGGGCUCGGCCAAGCGCGGUGGCAAGGGCCAUGGCGGGGAGGAGCAGGAGGAGGAAGACGAGGCCAAGGGCCGCAAGGCAACGAAGAAGAAGAAGAAAAAGAAGCGGCGUCGUGGUGGGAAGCACGGCGGCGGCGGCUCCGGGGUGAACGGAACAUACCGGCGCCGGUCCCACCACAACCCCUGGGAAGCCUCGUCGGACUCGGACUCGUCCUCACAGCUGGAGGACGAGGAGGAACCCUACGAGGAAGAGGCCUACGAGGAAGACGAGGAACUGCACUUCGACGACAACGAGGACGAGUUUGCCUGCGAAGAGGUGGACCCCAACGCAGAGGUGGUGGUAGUCAAGAGGGCACGCACUGUCAAAAAGGCACGCACGGAAGAGGAGAAGGAGGCCAGCAGCAGCAGCAGUGGAGGAGAGGAGAGCGAGCAGGAGCAGGAUGAGAAGCCCUGUGCCAAGUGCGGCAAGGGGGACCACCCAGAGUGGAUCCUGCUGUGCGACGUGUGUGACGCGGGCUACCACACCUCCUGCCUCAAGCCUGCGCUGAUGAUCAUCCCAGACGGUGACUGGUAUUGUCCACCCUGUGAUCAUAAGAAGCUGUGCGAGAAGCUGAUGGAGGAACUCAAACUGUACGACCAACUCUCCAAAAAGAGGGACCGGGAAGAGCUGAGAAAGCAGAGGCUGGCAUAUGUGGGCAUCAGCCUGGACAAUGUGCUGAAACCGGAGAAAAAGGAGGAAGAGGAGUCUGCAGUCGAGGAGGAAGAGGAGGAGGAAGAAGAAGACGAGGACAGCCGGAAGCACCUGCUGUUGACCAAGCGGUCAUCGCGCAAGCGCAAGACCAUCAGCUAUCAAUUCAAGGAGUACGACGAAAUGAUAUUGCAGGCCGUGCAGCCGGACAUUGUGGCGGUGGAAGAGUUUCCGGGGGUGAGCCGGGGCAAGGACAUGUCCAACCUGCUGGGCCCGGACGACGAGGAAGAAGAGGAAGAGGGCAAGGAGGAGGACGGAGAUGACGAAGACUACGAAGACGAGGAACGGCACGCAGCCCUGGCAGGAAAGAAACGAAAGCGGGCCCGCAAGCUCACCAGCCUUGACUUCACGUCCGAAGAGGAGGGAGACGAUGAAACUGACGAGUACCAGGGCUCCAGUGCAAGCCAGUCAGAGGCAAGUGCAUCGACUGUGAUGAGCGAAGGCCCUCCGUCGUCUGGCUCAGACUGGCAGGCCAGCUCGAGGCGUCGACGCCGUUAGGGAGGUGCACCUGCUCGCAAGAAGGGCAAGGCUACCCGCUCUGGCUACCGCCGAGAUGACUUCGUAAUGGAUGAUGACUACGAGUCGGACAGCGAUGGUGGCUAUGGUGCCAGGCGGGCAGCUACCAAGCAAGUCAACUACCGGGAGCUAUCAUCCGAUGACGAAGAGGCACCCCCCACUAAGAAGAGCAGUUCCAGGCGACGCCAGGCCAGAAGCAGCUCUGAGAGCGACAAGGAGUGGCGUUGUGGCAAAAAGCGGAAAAGCAAGGGCAGGCGCACCUGGCGAGCCAGCUCUACAUCUGAGGAGGAAGAGGCCGAGUUCACUGUGGAAGAGAGCUCCGACGACAAUCGCAGGCGCAAGGCGGCCAAGCGUCAACCACAUUCUUCCGAGGAGGAAGAGGAAGGCCCCAGCGAGGAAGACGACAGCGGCGCCGAGAAGAAGAAGACGAAGAAGGCUCAGAAGCCACAGAAAGAGACUAGGAAAUCUGAAAAGGAGAAGCCAGCACCACAGAAGUCAAAGAAGCAGGUGCAGAGCAGCUCGGAGGAUGAAGAGACAGACGAGACCGAGAGUGAGGAAGAAGACGAUGAUGAGGAGAGCGGUGACGCCGCCUCCGACGAUGGAGAAAGGAAGUUUGCCAAGAACCGCCGCAUUAUUCGGUCAGACGACGAAAGUGACGAAGGGGAGAAGGCUAAGGAGACAGCAGAUGCAAAGGCAACCACCGCUGACAGCAAGGAGCCACCACAACAAACUCCUUGCAAUGCAGAGGCAGCUGAUGCAAACAAGCCUGCAGUAGCUUGUACAGAGCCUGCUGCCGUGAAACACCCUCCUCUCGAGCAUCCUGUUCCUUUGCAGCCUAAUCCUACCCAGGACUGUGCUCCUCCUGUUGACGCAAACAGCAGGCCAGUGGUGGCUGUGAGACAAGGCUCCCCCAAUUUGGGCCGACACCUUCUCACAGUUCCAGAAGCCUCCCGCAGUGUUUCCUCUUCCCCGAUGCGAGUGGCCGGUGACGAGAAGGGUUUCCCAGAAGAUGAAGAGGAAGAGGACUCCAACAAGGGCUUUCCACCUGAAGAGGAAGACUUGGAGGAGAAAGGGUUUCCGGAGGAACCGCUGCCACAACCAGUCCCACCCACGGGCAAUAGCAGGGGAAUUGCGCCACCCCCAGGCCACUAUCCACCGGUUCGGCCGCCGUACCCUUACAUGGGUCCCAGGCCACCGUAUGGGCCACAGGACCCGUAUGGCGACUGCGUGCCCAUGGAUGGUGCCUAUGGGAGGCCACUUGCACCGACUCCGGUGGACCCGUACACACGUGGAUCACCCAGUCCUCCCCAGUUUACCAGCCUCGACACUCCUCUUCCUCCACACCCACCGCCGCCGCCGCCGCCUCACGGUCGUGGUCGCCAUCUGACGCCCCUGGAGGGAGGCCAGUAUCGGGACCAGUAUCGGCCUCCCGACACUUACCAGCCCCCGCCCGGUUACUACGGCGGAGGGCCUCCACCACUCCCUCCCGGGGGCCCACCUGGUCCUUACCGAUACCCGCAUCACCAUCCACCACCACCUCCAUCGGGGUACCCGCAUCCACAUCCUGGUUACUACAAUCGGCCACCCGGCUAUUACGGACCACCCCCUCCUCCGGAGGAAGGUGGCUACGGGCCGCCCCCUCCUCACCAUCCCCCGCCGCCCGCCCCUCAGUGGGGGGCGGGGCCCCCGCCUCCCCCUGGUGCAACUCCACAGGGCCAGGACGGCGGCUUCACCAUUACCAAUAUUCUCCGGCAAAGAAACACCGGUGACGGAGGAGAAGAGGACGAGCUGAAGAGCGUAACGGACAUUGUGUCGUACAUCACCCAAGAGUAACGUGACGGAACUCAUCUCUCUCCAUUGUGAAAGGAGUGCACCUUCCUCUUGCGUCACCAUGUGGUGCGUGUGCAUUCAUUCUGGAUAUUUCUCGCCGACUGUGAACAUUAUGGAGCAGCGGUGUCUUCUGCAUAUGGUUGGCUGGCUGGCCCUUCCCUUGUGUGUGUGUGUGUAUGUAUGUGCGGGCGGGUGGUCCAGACACAAAGCUAAAGUGGUGCAUGCACUCAUGCGGAUUGAGAGAGUCAAGGACUGCAUUUGGCAUAUGCAUUUUGUGUGCCGACUCGCUGUGAACUUCCUCACUGUCCGAGCAUUUUGGCACACUUAUGGUAAGUGCUUCGACAAGGAAGAGUGCCUAAAAAUGCAGUCUGUCAGCCUGCCUCGCUGUCGCCUGGCGGUUGUCUUCCUUGAGAUGCGGACAACUCUGCAGUUAUAUAGAGAAAUCGAAGGGCUAUUCUAAACGGGGGCAAAGACGCGUGCUCUCGAGCGUGUGUGCUUUUUACAGGGAGUAAAAAAACAUGUCGCUGUGUGUGCCGAGCUCAACUAUUGCCGCAUGCAAGCCGUGGCAGCUGCAUUGCUUCCCAAGAUUAAUAUUGUUUUUCCUGUUAGGCGGUGAGCCAUGUGAGUCUUCUUUCUCUUGGCUUCUAAUAUUGGCAAAUGGAAAAACGGGAACUGAACCAAGAGCAGUUUCCCAUGUGCAUUAUGCUCUUUAACAAGCAUUUUCUGCACAGUGCAAAAUAUUGCUUUUAACUUCCUUAAAGCUUAAAACACAUCAUUGCUAGUGUUGCAUUCCAAAGCAUUAAGCUGCACCUGCCAAAAAGUUGUGGUGGAUGUCUGCUGCCUCCAUUGCAAGUUCAGUUGUGAACAAGCAGGUUGUGGACAUCUCUGGCUAAUUCUUAGUAUACCGGUGUAACAAUGGCUUCGUGUGUUUGUUUCCAAUCAGAGGACUCCAAAGAACCACUGAAGAGCAUAACGUUGUUCCAUGCGAGUUUUGCAUAGGCCUCUUGUGUGCUUGUCAGUCUGGGGAGUAGCAAGCUAGAAAUGUAGGGCAGUGCUCUUUCUUCUUUUUUUUUCUUCGUUAUGAUGCCUUACUAACUCGCCUGUUGACGGUUCUACGGCAGGGCAGCACUCUUUUGUUGCUAACAUUUAUAGGUACUGUUUAACUUCUGUUCUUAUAUGAAGGUGCGUGCCAUUGGUGAAAGCAUUUCAAGAGGAGUCUAGCCGAAAUGGGUGUUUUCAAAUGACUGCUUAGCUUUCAAAGCAGACAUUGUGGUACUGUGUCUGUGGUGCUCUAUGGUACACUUGGGUCGGCUGCCUCUAGUCUACAGCAGCAUGUGCAGGGGCGAGUGACUACCGUUGCAAGUCACUACAUCGCCCAGUUUAUUUUGCAUGCUGAACUUGUAGGGUAUUUAUUGAGGCACAGCUGAAAGUUCAUCGAUUCCACAGUAGUAUGAUCUGGUAUGGUCCUACAUUCUCGUGCAACCUACAGUUGCGACUUUUCUGCUGCAUGAACCUCUUUCAUACUUUACGUGGCAGCAGUGGUGGUCAGACGCAGUGACUCACUCUCAUCACCCUUCAGCACCUCUAAGAAGGUAACAUAGGGACAGCAGAUUCUUUAUCAUUGGUGGUGCUUCGAUGCCUGUGGUGCUGCCUGAAAAGGGAAGAACUGGUAUACAAAAAGGCUAAGACUCGCGGCCUUGUAAGGCAGUGCGCAGAUAGCAUCCAUUGCACAGGUAAACGUCAACCACUGGCUGCUAUCCUCUUGCUCUAACUUCCUUGGUACACUGUGGUCGAGGCUAGCUGCAAAAAAUGGCAGACAGAGAAUGGCCUUUCUGUGUAGCAUCUUUUGUAGGAAGAAGUGAUUGCUCAACUGGUUGUAUGGGAAAUCACGUGUGGGGGAACUACAUGACCUGUAGUGAGAAUGAUUUUGUGAAACGCAUUCAAGUAAUUUUACAGGGAUCUAUUGUUUUAGGAAGUUGCGCUUAAAAAAAGAAGAAACUUCAUGGCUUUACCAUCGCAAACAUUUCAUCUUGCUGCAUGAUGUUGAUGUGAAGCAGUCUGGACAAAAAAGAAUAGCACAGGUGUUUAUACAUCCUCUCACCCUUGCAAACAGUGUCCAGGGAGGGGUUUCAGCAUGCAUACACCACAGCUUGUAUGUUGCUACUUAAAAAGGUUGAGCUAUGUGUAGGUAUGAAGCCAACACGUACAUUGUCAGCUGGCAACUCUUUUAUUUUUACUGCUGUUUGAAGCACAAAAUAUUUUUGCCAUAUUGUAGUGCAUGUUGUUGAUGCGCAUUGAGCAAAUAUCAUUACACUUUUCAAAUCCAUUCUCCUUUCUGUUUUAUCAUGAUGACCAAGGCUUCUAGAACAAAGGAGAAAAGCCUAUGAAAUUGUGCUGCCAGUGUGUUUUGUGCUUCUGUUGACAUGUGCCUACCCACAAAAAUUUUUGGAAUGUGGAACUCUGGGAAAAAGAAACUGAAUUACAUUAUAGCAUUGAUAAUGUGGCAGAAGUUACUGCAUAGACAAGUUUGUGGUAAUUUGGGCAGCCUACUUGAUCAGUAAGAGGAAAGGAACGGGGCGUGAAACAGACGGACAAUCGGCACGCGUGUUCGUCGUCUGCUUCGUGUUUUGUAGGCCACAGAGAGACCCCCGGACACUGCAUCAAUUCCUUGCUGUAUGCUUAAGUGGGGAAGUUAAAAGCAACUGCCACAUUCCAAAAAACUUUGUGGCCAGGCAUGCAGUCCUGUUUUAAGAAAUGCCUGCAUAUUUUGUACAUACCAUCUUAAGUUAUGCAUACAUGUAUAUUUUUUUUUAUUAGUUGCAAUAUGUUGCUGUUUGUGUGUCUGGUCCAUAUCACAGGUUGCUGGUGCUGCUGCAGUGCCUAACAAUUUCUCGUAUACAAGUUUUGACAGCAUUGUCAUUGCAGCACCAACAGCAGCCUGCGGAACGCACUGCAGUGAGAAACUGCUUAUUGAGUGUCACGAGGCUUUGGGUAACUCAUGCACAGAAACAUGACUAUGUAUGUGUGUGUGGCUGAUACUACGCAAUAAGCCAAUUCAGCAGGUUACGAAACAAAUCCUGCGUGGCAUCCUGCUGAAUUUGGUGUAAUUGCCGAGCUUUCUCUUAGGCUUGUGUGAAUAUUUGAUAAUUUCAAAUAAUCGAUCGAAUAAUGAGUCGAUUUGAAUUUGCAAUUAUUUACAAUAUGUACAAGUAUAUGCAAUUUUAGGCGGUGUCCAAAUUUAUGCCUUAGUGGUGGCACUCUUUGGAUAACAAAUGCAAAUAUUGAAGGCUAAGCUUUUGCUGGUUGCAUGCAGCGAAAGCGAUUCCAGGAGCCGGAAACACAUUAUAGAGUUUUGGGCGCCGCUUAUGUGAAGUUUAAUGUGUGGUCAGUCGACAUUUCUGGUAAGCAAACAGCAUUGGCAUUAACAUUAGCAAAUCACAUGGCCAAGACAAGCCAAAGAAUUGGUUUACAGUCGCCGACAGAUUUUUCGGACCUGCUAGGUUAUUUGAGCAUGCUUGCGGCACUGCCACCUUUUCUAUUGGACUAAUGUAUAACUGUGACUGAGUGUGGCUGAAGUUUUGCACGGUGCACAUAAAUUUUUCUAACCUGAUCGGUGUGCGCCAUGAUGUCGGAAAAAUUGCGUCAGUGAAGAAUGUUGGUGCUAUCCAGGUUAUGCUCUUGCUUUUGUCAAUGAGGUGGUUCCUCGGCUUUCCGAGAGUCGUACAGCCACUGCAAAUAAGUCUGAGCCAACUUGGCCCCAGACCAUAACUUUGGUCCCUGAUAACCAGCUAAGCAGUACCGGUUAGACCUAACAGCCAAGGCAGUGCUGCCGUGAUGAAAGUAAGCCGCUGCCCUGGUUGUUGGCAAGUGGCAAAUUGUUGCAAGAAGUUUGCCCCUCAUUGUGUGGCUGACCAUUGAUCGGGUUAAGCUCACAUGUAGGCCAGACAAGAGCAAGCUGAAUUCGCACAACACUGCCUAAACUGCCAGUGACAGGCGAACCUGAAACUCUCCUGCAGCCUUGACAGUUGCCAUGUUUCAGAUAGGCUGAACCACAACACUGAGCAAAAGUUCAUAAACGAAUUCUAUGUACUGCUCACAUUGCAUUUUUCAAUUUUUGCAUGAAAAUAUUUAAAUAACAGCACUACAAAAAACUGAUCCCAGAAUACCUACCAUUACCUGCGAAGACCUUGUCUUUAUAUAUUUAUGUGUGUGUCAAUUAUGGCUAAGUAUAAGGGCUUUAUGCGAAUCGCACAACUAUUUGAACUGCUCACUUCAAAAUUACUUGACAUUAUUACUAUUUGUAGUGCUCCCACUCCUGCGCCAAAUGUGCCAGAUUGCGCCUUACGAGAUUUCCUGCGCCAUUCUGAUAAAAGUACACGAUUUUGCACCGAAGUGCGCCAAAAUUAGCGACUGCGCAUUACGUGUGUGGCUGCAGUGGCCCACAGACGUGCAUGGCGCGCAUGACUAAAGCGGCUUCAUAAAUCGAACUUCACGUUAUCUAUACGUCGUUGACUGGUAAUUCGGGCUCGAUGGGGACCACCUAAAGGUCUAAAUAAUUGGGAGUUGGAAAUAUCCAAAUUCACCAGUAAAGAACUGAAUUUAUUCCGCCAGUGGCAAAAAAAGUACCUUAUCCUCGUUUGAACCACUUUCGGGGAUACGUUCACUUUCGCGGGAUUUCGCGUCACUAGCGUCAGCGGCGGCAUGCUUGGUAGUGUGCCAGGAACGCUAUCACCCGUCGACUUGCCCAGUGCUAGUCGCACGAAAUGUCGCCAAAGUGAAAGUAUCCCGGAGAGGGAUCGUCCAAAAAUAAAGCCAAGUUUGUCAAUGCAGUUGCGCACGUACACUUGCCUACGAUCUGGUCAGUCCGUAUCUCGACCAUUGUUAUGCUCUCGCCACAAAUAGACGAAAGUACAAUUGAUGCAUGCACCGAAUCUUCAACCUUUGGCAACAGCUAUGUCCGCGAUUUGUAGCGAUGCCUUUUCCGCUGUCGCUCCUUGUGCUUCGUCAGUGGUAUAAGAGCGGCGCUCCGCCUGCGUCAACCAGCAGAGAACGGUGUGUGAUAAGGGCGGCAUAUAGAAUCGAGCAGAAUGCAUCCCUACAGGAGUCGACCGCGCUAUCACAGCCGAAUGACGGCUUUUUCUUUUUUUUUUUGAAACGGUCACCGUCUUCGUCGGCGGAGAUAUCGAGGGUGUAGUCGGCGCCGCUUAAACAGCUUAAGUUGCUGCGACCGUGUCGCUAGUUAACGCUGGACGCGCGGAGCCAACCCGAAUGCACUCCCGAAUGGCUUGCUGGAGUUCGCUUGCCAGAUGGUUUGGGCGCGGUCGGUGCUUGAUUAACUAAGCUUCGCUAGUUUCGGUUUCCAGGAGGUGUCUGCGACAUGGCCGACCACCAUGCUGCGGUGAUGCCAGCGACGUAUCAGCGCCAAAAUAUUGCUAUUUCCGCUCAACUCGGCGGCCAAAUUAGCACACAGUCGUGUAGGCAAAGUCCGAAUUAUAUAGAAUGGCGUACCUUAAGGUGUCCGAAAUGUCAGUCAUACUUAUACUUUAAAUUUAUGGGCCAGUGAUGGUGCCUCAAAGUAGUCAGAAUAAUCGAGUUUGUUUGAAUUGCUGGUGUCGAAAUAUUCGGUCGACGCCAGUUGUGAAUCAGCCAGUUGCUGAACAGAGGCUUCAGCUUUACGAGAAAAAACAGACCAUUGAAGAGUACCUGGUGUCGUCUAAAGCAAUGACUGAGCGUUACAAGGGGCUCAUCAAGGCUGGCCUGGCUCAGAAAAGAAUUAAUGACAUUGAGUCUGGCCAGGUGUUUCUGACUGAUGCUAGAGCCUUGCUAAAAACAUAACAAAGUGUUAGCUGUCAAUGAAAAAAAUCAUACGAUGUAAAAGGCAACAUCUGAGCAGGUUCGCUAAACUUGAAAUAAACUAAUUACAGCACACUCUGUGAACAGGUUUGUUGUCUUCAUUUAAAUUAAAGGGAAACUCAUCUAUUUAGAGGCAGAGCAACAUUGUUUUACAGCAAGCAAAUACUUUCUGGAAUAACGCUUGUCAAUGUUAAGUGUUUGAAAUAGCUUAGGACGUGUCCAGCAGCUGGAAUUAAUUAGCGCCAAUGUGCUCCGAAAUCUGUAUCUGGAUGCUCCAAACUGCUCCAAAAUUAAGAUUUUGCUGCUCUAAAAAUUGCUCCAAAUCUCAGUUCGUCAGUGGCACCACUGUAUUUGCUUCAACUUUGCUUUGAACCCAAAAAUUGAUAUUCACGCAAGCCUACGUUCAUUUCUUCUUUUCUUUUUCCAAAAGCAGGCUACAUUUCCUUUUUUUUUUUCCUUUCUGUGGCUAUCCGUCUUCUUUAAUGCAUCUCUUAUUCUUGGUGGGUGCCUGGCAGCAAGAGUGACAAACAUGUGACAAAGUGGGUUUCACUGGGAAGGGUAUACAUCUCAUUUGCGUCUUCAAAAUGUGGUGUCUCGCAUGUGAUGGCCAUGCUGCCAUCAUUGGCAUAUGUGACCCCAACACUGUACAGUCAUUUCAUCUCUCCAUCAAUGGGAAAGCUUGGUCACGGUUUCCUUGGCGGGUCUCAUCGCUCGCUGCUGUAAGAAAGCUUUUUGUACAUAGACGUUUUGUCCAAAUCGUGUAACCAAAGGUGUGUCAUUAAAAAAGAACAUCUUUUUUUUUUC